UGAAAGGACAAUUAUAAUAUCUUUUUUCAAAACAUUCGAUGGAAAAUAAGAUUAAUAAAUAAGUGUAAAACUUUAACCAAAUAACAGAUAAAUAACAAGGACUGAAUUAUAUGUCUGUCACAGAUGUUUCCAUCGAUGAUUAUAGCUGUUUUCUUCUGUGUUUUGCACCAAGCUAAUAGCUGGACUUCAGAUGGUGAGGGUAGCGCUAGAACAAAAACCGUUAAAGCUGCCGGCUACGACCGCCUUGUUAGACCAGACGAGACUGUCAACCUGCAGAUAGGACUUCACUUGCUCACAAUCAACUUUUUGGAGAUAAAAAAUCUGCAGUUGUCAUUAACAGGAUGGAUUUCAAUGGAGUGGGAAGAUGAAAGAUUAGUAUGGGACCCUGCAGUGGAUGAUGCUGAAUUUUAUUUUGCGUUCGAUUCAGAGAUAUGGAAACCAGAGUUAUUCGUUGACAAUUCUCUGGCCGAUGUUUCCAUCUUGAAUGACCAAUAUCUCCAGUUUCGAGUAGAAAACACCGGUUUAGUUGAAUGGGAGCUACCAAGAAUUUUCGUUGUACAUUGUGACAUCGACAUCCAGUUCUUCCCGUUUGAUAAACAAUCAUGUUUGGUUGAGCUGACCAGUUGGGCUUAUAGUGUUAAUGAGUUAGUUGUUACAGCUUUGUACGAAACAGUACAAUAUGAAGAAAUGAGGACAAAUGGGGAAUGGACUAUCGAAUCGAGCAAGGUUGAGACAAGAAAUUUCACAGAAGUAAAGCCUGGUGGUACUGAAAGAUCAUAUUCCGUCAUUGACUUUACAAUUAUUAUUAAACGUAAUCCGUCACAUUAUAUUUCAUCCACUAUCUUGCCAAUAUUAGCAACGUCUGUGCUCAGCAUAUUAGUAUUUAUUCUUCCUGUUGACAGCGGUGAAAAGGUCGGAUAUACUUUAACGGUUCUUCUUGCAGAAGCAGUGCUACUAACACUAGUUCAAGACAGUAUGCCAUCAUCGUCUAAGAGCAUAUCAUACCUUUCUGUAUAUUUGGCCAUGACCCUGGUACUUGGUGUAUUGUGUGUUAUCCUGACUGUUCUGGUAAUUAGAGUGCAUCAUAGAAGCCCUAAUAUUCCUGUCCCACAAAGAAUAAAUGUUCUGAUGCUAAAGAUGUGUAUUCCCUUAUCAUGCUGGAGGGGUUGUUGUUGCAGCCGCGGAAAGAAGAAUGCAAAUGGAAAAGUUGGACCAAAUACAGAUCCCUCUGAAGCUUAUGUAGAUAUUGAUUAUCAAAAGAACAACGAAGAUUUUCCAGAGGAUUAUCUUUUUGCUUGGACCGAAAUAGCUGCCGUAAUGGAUUGGUUCUUCUUCAUUCUUUUAUCGACAAUAACUGCCCUUUGUACUGUUGUUCUAAUGUCGAUCGUCAUAGUAGGAGGAAUUAUUUCAUAGAGUACAGAUAUCUCAUUUCACUCUGUUGUGUUUAACUUCAACGCAGAUAAAUAUGUACAUAUAUACUCUUUUUCGAUACAAAUAUGACAAUCUGUGUUUUAUUUUGGAACUCCUUAUACAUGCAUUUAUUGUUAUUAAGCAUACGUUGUUCCUCACUAAUAAUUCAUUUUAUUUCAUGUAGGUUGGUUAUGCACAAAAAUAAUCAGUGUUCAGUAAUAAUAAUACAUUUAAUGAAACUUCUGGACACUAUUGAAAGUAAAUUGGUAGAUAAAGUUAAAAAAAGAACCAAAAUACUGUAAACAUUUUUUCAUUAAUUAUUUUAGGAAGAUAAUCAAGUAUUGGUUUUAUCUUCCCGUAAUGAAUGGAAAAAAGUCAUAGAAUUCCAUCAUGUAAUUCAUUUUUAUUUAAAUGCAAAUUAAAAGAAACUGAACUAUGUACUUUUUGUUCAGAUCUUAGCAAUAACAUUUUUCACAUUUUUGGCUAUCCAUGAUAUACUGGAUUAGAAUUUAUGGCAUUUUCUUGCCUUUUAGCGCAAAAUACGUAAUUUUAGGUGUGUCUGAGGAUUUUAUAAACAGUAAAACAGUUAAUAAUAUUGUGUGGCUUUUUAAAUACUAUAUAUACAACUGAAGACAUAAGAACAUAUUGCUCACAAAAUAUGGUGGGAUAGAAUAUUUGAAAUAUUGGAUAAGUAAAGAGAAAUAUUCUGUCUGUUUUUAACCCCUGCACAAAAAGUUAAAAAGAGAUCAGAAGUUGCAAUUGUUAGAAGCAGCAUUUGAUUAACCAAAUCAAUUGCAAUGUACUUUCUAAUAUCUUUAUAAAAGAAAGGUGAAAGCUACCAAAGGGAAAUUCAAACUCAUAAGUUGAAAAUAAACGGACGACGCCAUGGCUAAAAAGCCAAAAAACCAACAGACAAACAAUAUUACAUAAAACACAACAUAGAAAACUAAAGAAUGUGCAACACAAACUCCACCAAAAACUGGGGGUGAUCUCAGGUGCUCCGGAAGGGUAAGCAGAUCCUGCUCCACAUGUAGCACCCGUCGUUUUGCUCAUGUUAGUACAAAUCCGGUAAUAAGUCUAAUUUGGUAGGUCACAUUCUGGGAAAAGGGGACGGGAUUGUAGUUACGACAUUUGGAACAUAUCCGUUAGCAUCUGUGAAACGGAUAUUACAUAACGGUCAAGCAACUUCACCUGCUGGAACUCUUGGUUUAAUAGCUUCCUUGUGAGCAGCAACCUUCUAUCAAAGAAAUCAUGAUAGGAAAUACAAGCCCUGGAAUAUUGUAUUAACUGGGAGAUAUAUACUCCGUAAGCAGGCGCUGCUCGAAUGUUGCUACAUAGAAAUGGAAAGUUCACAAUUGGGAAGCUGAAAUCAUAUCUUUUGUCGUAAAGCUUAGUUUUGAACCGACCCUCAUUGUUAAUUUCUAGACGUAAGUCAAGAUAUGAGACAUACUUAACUGUAUCAGUUGUAUUCUGUAUCUAAUGUUCGAUGGGAUAGAUGCGUUCAAAUUAGUCACCAAUUUUGAAUUAUUUAGUGCGAGAACAUCAUCUAUAUAGCAGAAAGUGAAGUUAAAGGAUAACUUCUUUCCUGUCUUCCUAAGAAGUUCCUGUAUGAAGUCAGCCUCAUAUGAAUAAAGGAACAAGUCGCGAGAACAGGGGCACAGUUGGUUCCUAUGGGAAUGCCGAUUGUUUGUUGAAAGACACAUCGUCCGACCGUAACAAAUAUGUUGUCAAUCAAGAAAUUAAGCAUCUUGAUAAUAUCAGUUUCAGAGAAUUUUUUUGUUUGAAUCAGUGUGAUUUUUUACAAAGUAGGAUUUAUCUCUCCAUAAGACAAGAUACUUGUAUCUACGUCGGCCAUUCUUUUUUAUGAAACAAAGCAUGAACAAGUCUUUCAAUUUGUCUUUUAGUUUGGAAUGGGGAAUACUUGUGUAAAGUGUAGAAAAGUCAAUUGUUUUAAUACUAUUGCAAGAUGAAAGUGUCUUAGAUUGUAUGUACUCUAAAAGAUCUUUGGAAUUUUUUAGUAUCCACAUCUGAUUCACACCACCUCUAGAAUAGGUAGUUUCACAAUAACUUUGAAGCCCGGCUUUGAUUGCUGAUAACAUUGAUGUUAAUAAUUUAGAAAGAGGUUUCGUGGAUCACUUGGAAGACCCAGCAAUAUAACGUUGUUUGUAUCCAAUAUAGUGAUGGAAGAUCCAGAUUCCAAAGAAACAUAGAACAGACCUAUGAUUAUCCAUAAUUUCCUCUUUGGUAAGUGUCGUUGGGGUAUAUGUUGAGUUUCCAAGUGAAUUGUCAAUACCUAAUUCAUUUAUCAAGCAUUUAUAACUUAUUAAAUCUUACAUGUAUUACUUAAUUUUUAUAAUUUGUGUCUUAUACUGUAUUAUGUAAUUUCACCCUUUUCAUAAUGAAAAAUAAAAAAAAAAAAAAAAAAAAAAAAAA